AUAUAUUAUUUACGUUCUUAACCUCAAGGUACUCGAGGAACCACACAACUGGAAAGCCUGUCAUAAAUUGGGUGUACUGCAAGCGGAUUGGAUGCUCCCUGGAGGUCUCGUCAUAAGAGGGAUGUGUGCCAGAUAUUGCAGUUUAAGUCAUGUU